AUGGCCAUGAACCCAACCAGCUACACGGACGAGCGACUGGACAAAACCACAGACCAGUUGAAGCCUCUCUUCAUGAAGGCCUUCAACGUCCAAAAUGAUUCCGAUGUGGAGUGGAUUCUCUUCUCGUUUGCCCCCGGUCGCGUCAAUUUUAUUGGCGAGCAUGUUGAUUACAUGGGCGGGUAUGUGUGCCCUGCGGCUGUUGGUGACGGCUGCCACAUCCUCGCUGGCCGUGUGAAGCAUAUCACUGACGAGAAGCUGCGCUUUGCCACCACCCGUGGCGAGUACUUUGAGCUCGAUCACCUCGGUGACAAGGGUGGCAACAAGGCGUGGACCACUUUCAUCCGUGGUGCGGCCACGAUUCGGCUCGCCCACCAUGGCGUGCAACUGGGCGCGGAGCCUCUGAAAGGAUUGUGCAUGAUGAUCCUCGGGACGCUGGAGAUGGGAGCGGGUAUGAGCGCGUCUGCCUCCUUUGGCGUGGCGCUGCUCAACACGUUCAGCACAGCUAUCACUGGCCGUUACCAGUGUGCCACCACGACACCUGGACGUCGGUACGCCAUCCUUCCCCGUGAUUCUCACGAAGAUAUGAUUGAGCUCGUGAAACAAGGGCGCCGCAUUGAAACCGACUUCUGUGGAGUGAACGUUGGCAUCAUGGACCAGUUUGUCUCAGCCUUCUCUGUUGCAAACAAGUUCAUGGUACUGGACUGCGGAGCGCUGGAGCACAAGCUCUGCGACAUCACACCGAUCAUUGGUGACGACGCAUGCUUCCUUCUGAUCGACUCCAUGAUCAAGCACGACUUGCUCGGCGAAACUGCGGGAACGUACAACACUGUACGCAGUGAUCAAGAGCACGCGCAGGAAAAGAUCUCAAAGCACGUCUUUGAUGGAAAGCCGUUUACCUUCACAGACCUCGUGCGUGAGCCGUCCAAAUUCACCAGCGAUGGUGAUGCCGUCGCGUUCGUGAAGUCCUGCAAGAAGUAUCUCACAGAGGGAGAGUUUGAGCGUGGCUACUACAACGUCACGGAGCAGAUCCGCACACGUGACUUCAUCACCCUCACAGACUCGAGCACCCCCAUGACACAUGAGGAGCGGUUCAAGCGCGCUGGCAGCAUCCUUAAUGAGGCGCACGAGGGCAUGAAGACGCUCAUGAAGAUCUCGACGGAUGAGCUUGACCUCAUCCAGUCAACUAUUAACGAAGAUUCCGACGUUGCCGGUGGCCGUCUGAUGGGCGGUGGCUUCGGUGGCUGCGUCAUCCUACUUCUCAAGAAGAGCGCUGUGGACCGAGUCGUCUGCAACGUGCGGGAGAAGUUCAAGGCGCGCUUCGGCAUGGAGAACAAGGUAUACCCUAUUGCAAUGGGAGACGGUGCCUUUGUCGUGUCGCUGAAGGACAACGCCAGGAUGGUCGGCAGCAUUUGA